GCUGGGUAAGGACCUUCAAGGAGUACCUGCGCGAAAAGACCAAGCCCUACCUUGACUCCACGCUGGACUUUUUGGAUAAGAACAAACAGGCUCGCUUCAUCUACGCGGAGGUCUCCUUCCUUGAUGGCUGGUGGGAUGGCCUGACCGUCUCUGAGAAGACUGCUUUCACCAGACUGGUUCGAGAAGGACAAUGGGAAAUUGCAACGGGCGGUUGGGUAAUGAAUGACGAGGCUGCCUCCCACUACGCGGCUACGGCAACUCAACUCACCGAAGGCCAGCAUUGGCUCAUGGACAAUCUGGCCUACUAUCCCAACGUCAGCUGGGCAAUCGAUCCCUUUGGACACAGUACCUCAGAAGCCUACCUCUUGCGAAAGGCUGGUUUCGAACACAUUCUCAUCCAGCGUACACACUACGAGAUCAAAAAGAUAUUCGCCAAACAGAAGAGCCUGGAAUUUCGUUGGCGUCAGCCCUGGGAUUCGGUAGGGUCGACAGAGCUUCUGUGCCAUAUGAUGCCCUUCUAUUCGUAUGAUGUCCCACACACUUGUGGACCCGAUCCUGAGGUUUGUUGCCAGUUUGACUUCCAUCGACUUACUACUCACUGCCCGUGGAGGAAGCAGCCUGUUGCGAUCACGAGCAACAACCUAGCCGAAAGAGCUGAACUUUUGGCUGAUCAAUUUCGAAAGAAAGCUACCCUUUUCGACAAUGGUGAUGUUCUGUUUGUCCCACUCGGUGAUGACUUCCGUUACACAUCCAAGAGUGAGUGGGAAGCCCAGUUCAGCAACUAUAAACAACUGAUGGACUACAUUAACUCGAAACCGGAAAUGCGAAUGCAUGUUCAAUUCGGAACCCUGUCAACGUACUUCAGUCUGGUCAAGAGUCGCAAACCGGUGUUCAAGUUCCCCUCCCUAAUCGGUGAUCUGUUUACCUACGCCGACCGUAACCAUGACUACUGGAGUGGAUAUUUUACUUCACGCCCCACCCACAAGGCCCUUUCGCGGGUCUUGGAAGCUGAACUAAGGUCAGCUGAAAUCCUCUUUUCCCUGGCAAGACACCGGUUGCCUAAUAAAGAGUUCAAGCUAGAUUUGAAGACCUUUAGCAACCUCUACGACAUGCUUUCCUCAGCUAGACGCAACCUCUCCAUCUUUCAGCACCAUGACGGUGUAACGGGGACGGCCAAGGCCUAUGUCAUGCAAGACUACAGACAACGGUCAGUGUAUUUUCUACGUGAGGUCAUAUUUUAA